AUGUCAUCGACACCAACCACAGCUUGUGUGCGUUUGGUAGACACCCAAAUAACUAAAGGUCCAAAUGGGUUCGGCCUCACAUUAGCGGAAGUGCUAACAUUUAUUCCGAACAAGCUUUUGGGUCUUCGAACUCCAUCUGGAAUCAGUCCAGAUAAGGUUGGAUUUUACCAACGGCUACUGCAAAUCCGCGCGGUGAGUACAUCGAGCUUACCUGGAAGUCCAAACGAUCGAGACACCACUCAGUCUGUUCCCAACAACUCUUCCGUGCGUGCCGGUGACAUGCUGUUGGCUGUGGAAGGAUUUCGUCUGGCCGGUUGUACACCAGAGUAUGCUGUUCGUCUGUUGGCUGGUAUCCCAGUUGGAGGUGUGGUACACGUGACCUUGCUUCGUGGAUUAGCUCUGGCACCGAUACAACACAUUCGUCCAAAACCGGACGAAAUGCCAAAGCCACCGCCUUCUCCUGCCAAGCAUGACAGUCCAGAUUUAAACAAAAUCAAGUCUUCAGUCCUGAGCCACGUCAAUGACCGAUCCAGUGGACGCAAGUCAGAAACUUUCAAUCCAUUGAUUCCCAAAGACAGUUUACUAAGAUCAGCAAAGAAAGUGACCGGGCAAACAUUUACACAAAGCGCCGUUAACACUGACGGAGGGAAAGAAAUUUACGAUUUGGAAAUUUGCAAACAACCCACCGGAUUUGGUUUUACUGUCGUCAAAAGAAAUGACAAGUUUUUUGUCGAAAGCGUCUCUUCAAAUCUCAGUUACAUUGAGCGAAGUGGUCAUGCGGAAAAGAAACUUCACCCGGGUGAUCAGCUAUUGGAAAUGGGUCAUUUGAAGUUGGAUCCGCUCACUCAGUCCCAAGUGACGCGUUUGUUCGACUCGUAUCCAGUGGGAAAAUCAGUCCGUUUUGCCGUGAGUCGAGCCGAUUAG